GGAAACAAAAAUUGUUAGUUAUGCUAAAAACGAGUCGCACCCUGUAAAAAAGAGCCCUUGUUAAUACACGUAUGCGUAAUUGAAACGCCAGAUAUAUUUUCGAGCGCAACUUCUGACAUUAUGCCACGGCGUCCCGACGCGCCGAACAGUUUACCGUCGAGUUGUAUGUUGACGAACGACGUCUCGCUUUUCACGUUUCUACCUUCGAAUAAUGUGCGGCUCUUUUUUUAAGAUUUAAAUCGAAGUUAUUAAUUAAUAUGGCAGACUAUACUGAAGAUGAAUCGUAUACAAUGGGGAGUAAAGAUUACGGAGGCUAUUACACAAAUAAAAACGAAUCUUUCUUGGUAUUCAAUUGGAACGAAUUAAUUCCGACGCUGAUGGUUUAUGGUGUCACUCUUGUGUUGGGAAUUACCGGCAAUUGUCUUAUGAUCAUCACCACAUUUAGAUACAGACGUAUGCUCAGUGUCACCAACGUUUUUUUAUCUAGUUUAGCCUCCUCCGAUUUGUUGCUCAUUUUAUUUUGCAUACCUGUCAAAGUAGCUAAACUGUUUUCUUAUACAUGGGAAAUGGGCUUAUUUUUGUGCAAAACUGUACAUUACAUGCAAAAUCUUUCAGCUAUUUGUUCGGUCCUUACUUUAACAGCUAUUAGUAUAGAAAGAUACUAUGCAAUCGUGCAUCCUAUGAAGGCAAAAUAUAUUUGCACUAUAAGUCAAGCUAAAAAAAUCAUUUUGGUUAUAUGGAUAAUUUCUAUUAUUUUGGCUUUCCCCACCCUGAGAGUACAGAUACACUAUCCAGUGGGAAUAAACAAUGAGUAUGUUUGGUGCGUUAGGGAUUGGAACAACAUACCUUUAUGGAAAUUUCAUGAAGUCUACAUGCUGAUAGUUAUUUUAGUUGUACCUUUUUGCAUCAUGACUUUGUCAUAUUCAUUGAUAUGUUUUGAGGUAUGGCAAUUAAUGGAGAGGAGGUCCGUCAUGACGAGUGAACAGGCUUUAACAAGAAAUCAUUCAUCAAUACACGAUGAACAAUGCAAAGAAAGCCUUCAACUAGGAAAUUCUGAUAAAUUAACGAGAACAAGAAGUACAAGGGACGAUACGCAGAUGGUUAAACAAGUUAUUUACAUGCUUAUUGCCGUCGUCGUCCUAUUUGUUAUUUGUUGGACUCCAUUAUUGGUUGACAAUGUAUUAACGGCUUACAACAUAUUACCAACUGAACGAGUUGGGACUUUGAAGUAUAUGUUGACUACUUUUCACCUCUUGGCGUACUGUAAUAGCUGCAUAAACCCAAUUAUCUACGGUUUCAUGUCGAGAAGUUUUCGAGAAAGUUUCGUCAGAGCCUUGUGUUGCACUUCAGACAAGAGAACUUCAAAAAAUAGUUUUACGUUAAGACACAUCUCCAGAAACGGUUCUCAGACAAGAUCCACUCUGAUCAGAUGAAAGCAGUGGAGAGUUACCAUUGUGUAACUCAAAUGCUCCCCAAAAAUAUCAUUUCAGUGAUUAAUAAAUAUAUGGCACAUUCUCACGAAAAUACAAAACGUCUUCUUUUUGUUCAAGUUCCUACUUAUGCGGUGCGAUGAACUUUUUAUAUUCCUGUCAAUGAAAAUACUAUUUUAAGCGCGCACUGUGCAAAUAAACAAUUUUAAUAUUUCCGUUAUAUCAUUGUUUUACAUUUUUAUUGAUUAAAAAAGAUCUUUGAAGUUUAUUUUUAUUUCUAGCUUUGUAUUUUCCAAAAUGAAUGAGAUGAUAAAAUUAACAUUAAACUAAAUUUUCUACUUUUUACAAAAAAAAAUUACACCGG